AUGUUGGUCACUUCUAGGACGUACUCGCGCUCCCUUUGCGUUGCCCUGCCGCGUGAUAUUCAUCCAGCUAUGGUUGAUAUCAGCUGCCUGAAAGGCGAGAGGCUGAGUGUAGUUGCCGAUGCGUGGCACGCUGAGCAGUCCUGCCACUACAGAUGGCAGAUUCAGUUUGCACCUAACGACGUUGACAUGGUUUCCAUAAUCGCCCCUUUCGGACAUGACCACACCCUCUUGAUCAAUGCGGACCAAAAAAGCCGCUACGGUUUUUCUUUGACAUCUUGCAUAACACAUUCGCUCCUGUACAACGAACGCAUUUUCCACCUCGUUAAGGUGCGCUGCCCGUGA